AUGGACAACGACAUGAAGAAAGAUACCGCCGCGGCUCUGGGAAGAAUCGAUUCCCAGUCACAAACCGACGUUGUCAAUGGCGACGACCUGCGCCUCGCCCAACUCGGGCAUGCGCAGGAGUUGAAGAGACAAUUCUCGUUGCCGGCGUUGGGAGCUCUGUGUCUCUGUCUCAUGGCAACAUGGGAGGCAUUGUCAACAGUUGUUGCGCCAGCUUUGGUUAGCGGGGGCGCACCUUGUCUGUUCUACAACCUCAUCAUCUCCACAAUUUGCACCAUUUGCAUCGCCUCAUCGCUCGGAGAAAUCGCUUCAAUUUAUCCGACUGCUGGAGGUCAAUACCAUUGGGUCGCCGCAUUAUGCCCACCAUCGACUCGAUCCGCGGCAGCAUUUACAACCGGAUGGAUUUCCGUGGGUGGCCAGGUUGUUCUGACCUCCUCGGCCGCCUUCGCAGCCGGUCUCCAGACCCAGGCCCUCAUCAUCCUCAACGAUGAUUCAUAUCUCCCACAAAGAUGGCAGGGAAUGCUGUUCUACUGGGCGAUCUUGAUAUAUGGAAUGGCUAUGAAUAUCUGGGGUCACAGACUUCUCCCCACCGCCAAUCUUUUGUCCGGUGUCCUCCACGUCGUCGGUUUCCUCUCCAUCUUGAUAGUGCUAGGCGUCAUGGCACCCAAGAACUCGGCCUCGUUCGUCUUCACUGAAUUCGUCAACUCCAGUGGUUGGGAGAGUGAUGGCGUCUCAUGGCUCGUCGGACUCAUCAGCGCCGUCUAUCCCUUCCUCGGUUACGACGCCGCCUGCCACUUGGCCGAGGAAAUGCCCAACGCCAGCCGCAACGUCCCAAUCGCCAUGGUCGGCAGCGUCGUCGUCAACGGCAUCAUGGGCCUCGUCUACGGCACCGUCCUCCUCUUCUGCACCGGUCCCCUCGAAGCCCUCCUCUCAACCCCGACAGGGUUCCCCUUUAUGCAAAUAUUUAUGGACGUGACAAAGUCCUACGGCGGCGCGACCUUCAUGUCCCUCAUGAUCAUCCUCACCGCCAUUGCCGCCACCGUCGCCGGCAUCACGUCCACCUCGCGAACGCUGUGGGCUUUCGCCCGAGACAAGGCCACGCCGUAUGAUCAUUACCUCAGCAAGGUCAAUAAGCGCCAGCAGAUCCCCGUCCACUCCGUCGUUCUCGUCACGGUUCUCCAGAUGUUGCUUGGAUUCAUCUACCUCGGCAACACAACCGCGUUCAACGCUAUUCUGUCCAUGGCUAUCAUCGGGAUGUACCUUAGCUACAUCAUCCCCAUCGUGUACAUGCUGGUGCACGGCAGGAAGAACUUGAGCCGUUCCGACUUCGGCCCCUUCAAGCUUGGUCCCGUCUUGGGCCCCAUCUUGAAUGUCAUCAGUUUGAUCUGGAUGACUGUGGUGAUCAUCUUCAGCACCUUCCCCUCGGCGAUGCCCGUUACCCCGCAGAACAUGAAUUAUUCGAUUGUUGUAAUGGCUGGGUGGCUGGCCUUUGGCGUGGUCUACUACAUCUCAUUUGGGCGGAAGAAGUUCGAGGUACCCGCUGUUGAUAACGUUGUGACUGGCGUCUCCGUUCACACGGAAGUUGUAGUUUAG